AAAGCGUUAGCGGGAAAUGUAAACCAAUCGUCGUCUACAGUAGGAGGGCUCCAUGUUUACAUAAACGUCGUAUCUACCCUCUUCCCCCUGUGUCUCUCUCACCGACAAGCGAGUGGCGCAGCACGGACAUAAAUAGUCGGUAGGAUGUCUAAGGAGGGCCCACCACGCGAACCCGAGCAGCUGCGGAAGCUUUUCAUAGGAGGCCUCAGUUUUGAAACGACAGAUGAUAGUUUGCGGGCACAUUUUGAACAAUGGGGCACGCUAACAGAUUGUGUGGUAAUGAAGGAUCCAAACACUAAGCGUUCCAGAGGUUUUGGCUUUGUCACCUACUCUGGCGUGACUGAAGUUGACGAUGCUAUGAAUGCACGCCCCCAUAAGGUCGAUGGCAGGCUUGUGGAGCCCAAGCGAGCUGUGUCCCGGGAGGAUUCCAACAAACCAUUUGCUCACACAACUGUAAAGAAGAUCUUUGUGGGUGGUAUUAAGGAUGAUACAGAAGAAAACCAUCUUCGUGACUACUUCACAGAGUUUGGCAAAAUUGAGGCUGUUGAGAUUAUGGUUGACCAUAAGACUGGAAACAAGAGAGGCUUUGCCUUUGUGACAUUCGAUGAUCAUGAUUCAGUCGAUCGGAUUGUCAUUCAAAAAUACCACACUGUGAAUGGGCACAACUGUGAAGUCAGAAAAGCACUCUCCAAACAAGAAAUGCAGAACACCGGAAUGAACAUGAGAGGCCGUGGUGGUGGUGGUGGAGGCGGCGGCGGUGGUGGUGGUGGUGGUGGUGGAGGCAACUUUAACAGAUAUGGCAAUGGAGGUUACAACAAUGACUGUGACGGUGGCGGAGGGGAUAGAGAUGGAUACUUCGGUGGAAGAGGAGGGAGAGGUGGUGGUGGUGGUUAUGGAGGCGGUGACUGCUACAACAAUGGAUUUGGAGGUGGUUAUGGUGGAGGUGGCGGCGGUGGUCCUGGUGGUUAUGGUGGUAACCGUGGAUAUGGAGGUGGUGGUGGUGGUGGAGGAGGACAGGGUUAUGGCAACCAGGGUGGCGGUUAUGGUGGUGGCGGCGGCAGUGGGUAUAAUGAUUACAACAAUGGCAAUGGAAACUUUGGCGGUGGUAAUUUUGGAGGAGGUGGUGGAGGCAGUAACUACAGUGACUUUGGGAACUACAACAACCAGCAGUCUAACUAUGGCCCCAUGAAAGGAAGCUUUGGUAGUAGUAGUGGUGGUGGUGGUGGUGGUGGUGGUGGAGGAGGAAGAAGUUCUGGGCCAUAUGGUGGAGGCUAUGGUGGCGGUGGCAGCUCAGGAGGUGGAUAUGGAGGUGGUUCUGGAGGCAGACGGUUUUAAGUUUAAGGACUAUGUGCUUUAGGAGAGGAGAGCAGGAGAGGUGACAGGGCAGAUGCAGGUUUACAUCCUAGAUCUGCUCAGCCAAAAAGGUGUCAGGGUUACAACUGCUACCAGAAGAGGUGUACAGUAGUGCAAUCAUGUGUGGGACGUCAUGAAUUUUGUCAUCAUUCAGACUUGUUUUAUAUUGUCAAUGGAAAAGCAUUCCAAUGAGGUUUUAUGUAGAGUUACUUUUCAGUUAUGGAUCUGAUUUCUGUAACCAAUCAAGGUGAAAUAAAAACUCCUUUUUGUUUUUUAAAAAG